AUGCCCACUGCUACAGAAGCCACAUCCAUGUCUGAAGAGGCCACACCCCCUAUGGAAAUGGGGGUGAUUGAUGCCUACAUCUCUGAGUGCCAGUGUCGCCCCCUGUCCUGGGUGGAGCCACCUCCUCUGAUGGACACACCCGUGGAGGAAUCCCUUUUCCAAAUCAUCCACUGCUACCACCAUUAUGCUGCCCGGGAGGGGGACGUGGAGACGCUGUCCCUGGAUGAGCUCAAGGCCCUGCUCCUGGACAAUGUGCCCCGCUUCAUGGACAGCUUGGGCCGGAAGGAGCCUUACUACAUCGCGGAGCUGUUCCGGGCAGCAGAUAAGAAUCAAGAUGACCAGAUCUGCUUUGAGGAGUUCCUCUACAUCCUGGGCAAGCUGGUGAAGGACUACCACCUGCAGUACCAUCGCGAACUGUGUGCCCACUACUGUGCCCAGCACAACCUCUACUAG